AUGGAAUCACUGCCAUUAGCGUUACAGCGCGAGAUCUGCUCCUUCGCGGCGGCACCAGAGCUCAUUCCUCACGAUAUCGACACGAUUGAUAAUGGUGACUAUGAUUCCAGCUUUGCGACAAAAUUGACAGAACCGUCAACGCACAAUCUGCAGCGUCUGGCGUUUGUGUGCCGUGCAUGGCGCGAGUUCAUCGAGGAAAUGUGUACGGAACACGAAGCUACGCGCGUCUUAACUCUUCACUUCUAUGCUAACAAAGAUUCUUUUUCGAAAGAACAUAUCAUGGAGCAAUUAUCUGCUAGUAACAAUGGUGCAACUUUAUUAGACCUGAGGAUUGUGGUUACUACGAAAAAAAAUGGUCUCUGGUGGGACCUGGACACCCUGGCGCCAACAUUUACUGGAGAAAGGGAGACAGAUUCUGGCGGUUUGUACUGGGAAGAAUGGAGCUUUUUAUUGCGGCAAUGCCCGAAUCUUCGGCGACUAGACUUAAGCGGGAUGCCUCUAUACGGCUUGGCGAUGGGAGACCUUUUAGAUGCAGCUUCGAUUUAUUGCAGCCACUUGGAAGCGCUAAUUUUGCCUAAGCAAAGACCUUUGCAUCCCGCUGUAGCCUUGGAUAAUUUGGAUUUCGUGUUUCAUAGACUCUACCUUGCGUUGGAAAGGUGGAAUAUGGCAUCCGGCGGAAAGGGGCUUAGGCAGUUAACGGUACCGUCAAGAAGUGAAGAGAAUCGAGAAGGAACAUCAAAUGAAUUUCUCACGGCGAUUUUUACAAUGUGCCCCAGAUUGGAGUAUCUUGAUGGAUGGAAACGAUCGUACAAAGAAGAAACGAGAUUGGUUGUGUCUGAUAUAAGCUUGUGUGUCUCCCGAGCUGUUUGGAAGAUGUUUUGUACAUCAUGUGCGGCGCUGCGUGAAUUUAGCUGGGUCAUUGUGCCGUUCUCGGACGAGUUUUUUCUACCAUUCGGUCAGACUGGGAAGCCACAUCUCACUCGUUUACAGUUGACGUACAACACACGGGCUCCGUUCCGAAUUCGACGAAAUGAAUACUCAACAGGUGCAUUGAUUGUUGUCGUAGCAGGUUGUCCGGCUCUCGAACAUUUGGAUGUCGUGCUUCAUCGAUUGCAACCGUGUGACACACUCAUUUAUCCACAAAUCGAUGAGAUGAUUGACCCCGACGUGUUUAACGACGAUUUCAUCUUGGCAUUGAUUGAAAAUUGUUCUAAGCUUCGCUCGUUGCGUAUCCGAGAGCUGGGAUCCUUGUCAAAGAGUCGAAAAGGAAUGAUUGCGGCAGCUAGGACCAUUACAGAUCGAGGUCUUGCAGCUCUUUGGCGUGCUCCGUGUCUCACUUGUAUCGAUAUCCAAGAAGUCAGGUGUUCCGCAAGAACCAUUUUAGAUGUUUUAAGCACUAAUAUAGACACCUUUCAACCGUUUACAACUCGACAAGUUAUUCUUCGAGAACUUGGCGUCUGUUUUGGCGAGGUAGUACAGCACGUGCUUGAAAGUCUUGUGAAAGAGCGACAUCAAGAGGGGACUGGUACACUAAGCAGGACACCGCUGGUCAUUUCUCUGAGCUGUCGACGCGGUUAUGUGUUUGAACGCUCCUGGCUCGUCAAGAUGCAACAGGCUUUUCAAACUAAGUAUCCGAAAGGAGAUUUGCGCUUUGCUCUUUUCAGUUUAAAGAAGGACAACGACACUGCUCUUCACUCCGGCAUGAAUGGUAGCGUCGAGCAGGCAGUCAUUGCAAAAAUCUUAGCUCGAGCAUGGGUUAAAGGCGAUGUAUUGCGCAUCGGACGUCUUGUACUUUAUACGGAUCUGUCAGCUCUUGAUAAUCACUUACGACAAGUACUUCAAAGAAGAGCAAACCGCAACACUUCAUGGAUCGUGAAUGAGUAG